AAUAGUUGCAAUGAAAUAACAAAUGCGGUCACAUCAGUCUAUAAGGGCAUUUUUUAAUACUGUAGAUCAGUGGAAUAAACAGCCGAAAGGAUAUCAACAUACCAUUCGAUUAAAUCCAAUGUAGUUUAUCAUGAGAAAUACAUGUCUGAUGCAACAACAACAAAACACAUGUAAAAGCAACCCUUCUAGAAAAGUGAAGAAUAUUCUAAACAUGUCUCUUUGACACCUGGCGGAUGGAAGGUGCAACAACAGAAUCAGCAGCAGACGUUUCCUUACAGCCGCAUUCUACGAGCCACCAGAGGCACAGAGGAGUGACUUGCACAGUUUUGAAAGCAAGCAGGGAAAAUGGCAGACGCCGAGGACGAGAAGCUACCGUCCGGGUGGGAAAAGCGGAUGAGCCGCAGUUCCAGUAGAGUGUACUACUUUAACCACAUCACCAAUGCCAGCCAGUGGGAGCGUCCGGUGGGGUCAGGUGAUGGGAGUGGCGAGCCAGACAAGGUGCGCUGUUCCCACCUCCUGGUGAAGCACAGCCAAUCGCGUCGCCCGUCCUCCUGGAGGGAGGAGAACAUCACGCGCUCCAAAGAGGAGGCCCUCGACCUCAUACAAAAGUACAUAGAGCAGAUGCAGUCAGGAGAGGAGGAGUUUGAGGCUCUGGCCUCUCAGUUCAGUGACUGCAGCUCCGCACGCAACGGAGGAGACCUGGGACUGUUUGGCAGAGGUCAGAUGCAGAAGCCCUUUGAGGAUGCGUCCUUCGCUCUGAAGGUGGGAGACAUGAGUGGUCCGGUAUUCACCGAUUCUGGAGUUCACGUCAUCCUCCGCACGGGAUAGAGACAAGGCUCUGAUACCCCCUGAAUACCCCCAUCACCCCUGUAUACCCCCUGAAUAUCGCCAUCACCCCUGUAUACCCCCGGAAUACCACCUGAACACCCCUCCUACCCUGAAAACCCCCUCCUAUCUCCCACCCCCUCAAAUACCCCCUCUUGUCCUCCCUACUACCCUUAGAAGCCAUCCCUUCCACCUCAAAUACCCACACCCACACCGUUCUGUUCUAUAUGCAACUUUACACUGACACCAUCAACACCCCUUAUCCCCUGUACCCAUUACCUUGGCUACAUCGUUGUGUGUGUGUGAAAAUAAGAGACCUGUCGUUAGUGACUGAGCGAAUGAGAGUGUGUCUGUGUGUUCACAUGGACCAUUACCCCUCCACCCCCUACUUUAUAGUGUCCCCUCUCUGUUUGCCAAGGCAUUAUUCUUUCUCAAUGAUAACAUGUCAGAUGGUUAGUGGUUGACCAGUGUUCCAUACUCUCUCAUAGGAGACCGACACGUAGAAGGCUGACUCAUGGGAUUAUUUAAAUGGCUACCAACAUCCCUUAGGUGGGAAAAUAGUCAGGGCACAGUCCACUCUGUCUGCCAUGUUUGUAGUCCCCCCCCAUUCCAUUUACUGCUUCACUGUAUCUCCUAUGUUCCAGGGAACUACAAUACCCAGUAUGCAUGUGGGGAAGUGUUUUUGUAAGCUUGAAUCUGCCAAGAGGCACUUCAUAUGAUCUGUUCAUCUCCCACCAUUAAAGGACUCUUAUUUUGUAAA